AGCGCACUUCACAGGCCCGUCGGAAUUUUAGCGUCACAACAGGUUUAAAGAUCGCAGGCACUUUUCUCCUUUGUUCCGGCGUCAGUGUUCUUUGGAUGUCAACAUCUCUAGGCUUCGGUCGAUUUCACCAGGGCUCACGAGUGUCUUAAAUGGGCUCUGAAAGGGAGAAUUUUGCACACUCGGACACGCCAGUUUGGACUCUUGCGCAUGUGCAGUGACCCCAAGGCGCCGAGGGCAAGCCCAGAGCCUAGUCCCGCCGGUGUACUGCUCUCCCGGAGCCCUGUGCCUGCGUGGCGCCUUCAGAAUGUCCGCCCCGUUUGAGGAGCGCAGCGGGGUGGUUCCUUGCGGGACUCCGUGGGGACAGUGGUACCAGACCCUGGAGGAGGUGUUCAUUGAAGUCCAGGUGCCCCCGGGCACUCGCGCGCAGGACAUCCAGUGCGGCCUGCAGAGUCGGCACGUGGCUCUGGCCGUGGGUGGCCGCGAGAUCCUCAAGGGGAAAUUGUUUGAUUCUACAAUUGCUGAUGAAGGAACAUGGACUUUGGAGGAUAGAAAAAUGGUCCGCAUUGUCCUGACAAAAACCAAGAGAGAUGCAGCAAACUGUUGGACUUCUCUUUUAGAGUCUGAAUAUGCAGCUGACCCCUGGGUGCAAGACCAAAUGCAGAGAAAACUUACAUUAGAGCGAUUCCAGAAAGAAAAUCCUGGUUUUGACUUUAGUGGAGCAGAAAUCUCAGGGAACUACACGAAGGGCGGACCAGAUUUCUCUAACCUUGAGAAAUGACUGCUAUUGCUUAGUGUUUCUCUGUCUCGUGGAUCCCGGCAGGUGCUGGCAACUUAAUGCAGUUGAUGAUGAGAAGGAUGGAGCAGCCGGUGUCUACAGUUAAAAGAUUGCCAAGUGUAUUUCAAUAUGGUUGUAAACGAUUACAUUCAGAUAUGGUUUGCCCAGGAGACAGAGCAACUCUAAUGUGGAUAGAUGAUAACUUUUACUGCUCUGCAGUAAGUUUUAUAGGCUACAUUUUCCUAAUUUCAUAUUUAAUUGUAUUUUUACUACAAAAACAUUGGAGUACAAAUCAUAUGAAAUGAAAAAGGUGCCUUCAUGAAAAAAUAUUUUUUGUGUGUGUGUGUGUGUGAUGUAAAAAUAAUGUUGAGUAAAUUUCUGAGUAAGAGUUGUAUACCCUUUGUCUAAAUAUGCUUGUCUGUUCACGGAUAGGACAGAACUGGAAAUUUUAAGAAAGGAAAAAAAAGUACACUGAAGUACUUUGGAUAACUUGAGUUAAUGAAAAGUUCUAACUGGUUUGGUGCUGCCUACGUGAUUAUGUCAAGAAAUUGAAAAAUGAUAAAACCCUAACAACAGAAGAGUUAAUUGCCUCUUAAUGUCAGAAGACAAUUGAGGCCCCUGAGUAUUAGUCAGUGGCUUCAUUUCAUUUGAAAGAUUCAGAUAAGGUGGUCUAGAAAAAAAGUCUUGCAUCCUCUGUUUUUUAAUUCUUAAAAAAAAAAAAAUUGAAAUGUGUGAAAAGCUUACAAGUAAAAUAUUAACAGAUUGAAAAUCUUACACUUUUUUCUAAUAAAUUGACAUGUUGUCACCUCA